ACCGGGGCCAGGUAUGGAGCUUUGAUACCAAGCCCAGUCAAAGCCUGCUUGCUCAAAAGAAACCUUCUCUUCGAGCUUUAACACGGUAACAUCGUUAAACCCUAGACCUUGAAAGUUUCUGAACAGAAAUCGGAAUCAAAAUCAAAUGUCGGACAGGGAAGAUUCCGAUUCGGACGCACCUGAGGAGUUCACAUCGGAGCAGGGAGUAAAGCAAGAUGAAGAGAUAAGAAAAGUUCAGAAAGAAAAUAAAGCAAGAAUUUCUCGUGAGGGUAAAGAACGUCGCAGAUUAUGGGCACAACGGAAAACAGCACGACCAUCUAAAGUAGUAGAUGAAAGUGUACAAGAUGUAAUGGAAACUGAAAUGGAAAAGGAGCCUUUGGGUGCUGGGGAGAUGCUUCCAAAUGACAUUGUACAACUGCUUGCAGCUCGUGAGAAGAAAGUUUUCUUAUCAGACUCCGAAGAUGAGAAGGUUGAGACAAAGCUUUCUGCAAGGAAGAAGAAGCCAAAAACUUCUGGGAUGGAAACUGUUAUUUUGAAGGAUUUGUCACCUCCUCCAUGCUUACAGAACUCCUUGGAAUUUCUGAGGAAAAAGAAAAUGCAGGUUUCAAGAUCAUCUUCAGUUUUGAAUAACUCCAAUCAAGCACUCCGCCUCAUUUCUACCUCUGGCGUAUUAAGUAAGAAAUGACAAGCUUUAGCAUAUUCCUGUUCACAAGUCGGUUGUGACAACAAACACCAGAAAGCCAAUGCGAGACAACUACAUUCAUGGGAAAAAGGGAUGAAAUUGUAUUUAAUUGGAAAACGGGCCUUUAUAUGGUUAAUCCUACAUUGAAUCUAUAGUUAGAUUAUCUUUGCAGCUUUACAGAAGCGCAUUUUUGUAGUGGAUGAAUUAUUUUAAGGCUUUACUGGAUUGGUUGUUGAUUGUAAUGAAUGCCCAUCAUGAGUCUGUGAUUGCAUUAUUGAUUAGAAAAUUUUGGAGUUGUGAA